AUUAGGUCGUACUAACGAAAUUAAAAUAAAGUAAAAUGAAUGAAUGAAUACAUUUUUUAAAGAAAAGGAUUCGUGACUAGUUCAAAGUGAAAAUGCUUUCAAAAAUCGUUUUUACCCUACUGGCACUGGUUUUUUUAGUUGCCCAAGCACCUUUUACUGAUGGCGCGAAAAUACUCGCUGUGUACUCAUUUCCUGGCAAAAGUCACUUCAUGAUGCAUCGUGCGUUGAUUAGCGAGUUGGUUAAACAUGGCCAUCAGGUCACCAUGAUAACUGGACUAUCACUAGAAUCACUUAAAUUGGGCAGCAACUACACAGAGAUACUUAUUGAACCGGAAUACGAUUACUGGAAAGAUGUACGGGACGAGUUCGGUGAAGUCUCCAUCUAUGAAUUUAAAAACGAUAUGUCACUCUUCAUGGAUAUGCUGCAUAUAAUAGGGAUAGCCUCUACAGAGCAUGCGCUCAAACAGCCCAAAGUGCAGAAUAUCAUCGAUGCCAAACAAACCGAGGGUGUAUAUGAUUUAUUAUUGGUAGAACAAUUCUAUCAAGACGCAUUCUUAGCAUUAGCCCACGUUUACAAUAUACCCGUAAUCAGCUCUGCAACAUUUACCCAAAACCCUUACAUGAGUCAAAUGUUUGGCAUAAUAUCACCUUUUUCAUAUGUGCCUCACAGUUUUCUACCACUAACUGAGCACAUGACUUUCUGGGAACGUGUACAAAAUACUUACCAUUCAUUAUAUUAUGACCUCUAUCGAGAAUUUAAAACCUUUCCGAAAAUGGAUGACCUGGUGAAGAAAUACUUUGGGCAUUUACCGAUUAAGUUCCCAAGUGUUUCGGCUAUGGAUAAGAAUCUCUCUGCCACAUUAAUUAAUAACUAUACACCAUUAUCAUCGGCCGGUCCCACAAUAGAUAGCAUGAUCAAUGUCGGGGGCAUGCAUAUUUAUCCACCAAAGCCACUUCCCACUAAUCUACAGAAGUUCCUAGAUGAGGCAGAAAAUGGCGCAAUUUACUUCAGUUUGGGAAGUCAAGUUCAGAGUAAGGAUAUGCCUCCAGAAAAACUACAAAUUUUCCUUGAUGUCUUCCGUGAACUGAAACAACGCGUCUUAUGGAAAUUUGAAAAUGACAGUAUUACAGAUUUACCAAAAAAUGUUAUGAUAAAAAAAUGGAUGCCUCAAAAUGAUAUCUUGGCACAUCCUAAUGUGCGAGUUUUCAUCGCUCACGGUGGGCUCUUUGGCACACAAGAAGCCGUGUAUCAUGCUGUGCCAAUGCUAGGCAUGCCCUUUUAUUGCGAUCAGUAUCUAAAUUUGAAGAGAGCUGAGCAUGGCGGCUAUGCCAUUACCUUGGAUUUCAACACACUUACACGUGAUGAUCUGAAGAAUGGUCUGCAGCAGUUGGUCUACAACUCUACCUAUCGUGACACUACCAAACGGAUCUCGCGAAUUUUCCACGAUCGUGCCAUGGGUCCGCGGGAGACGGCACUCUACUGGAUCGAUUAUGUGAUACGUCACAAAGGCGCACGUCAUUUGCGCGCUGCUGGUUUGGAUUUGAAAUGGUACCAAUUUUAUUUACUGGAUGUUAUCGCAGCGGCAGUAGCUGCUGUAGUUGUUGCGCUCGGAGUUGCUGUUGCGUUAGUGCGUUGGAUUUUACAAACAAUUAAGGGAAGGAAGAUUAAACAAAAAGUGCAAUAAAAAGUUUAGCUAACGGAUUAUCUAAAUCUGUGUUAUGACAGAUGCGAUAGCCUCUAUGCCGAAAAAAUUCA